AUGGUCAAGACACCUUCUAAGAUGUCAGAUAGAGUCAUGAAUCGUGGUUCGAGGCUGAAUUGCUUCCAUAGAAUUUUAUUGGUGACGAUAUUUUGUCUCUCGUCGACCACGUCCUCUUACAUUUUCAAUUCGAACAACAACAACAACAACUCGACGUACGUCGAGAGAUGCCGAGCUGAUUGCGCGUCGCACAAGGAUCUUAUAAGUUGCGGCAAGUUCAGGGUCGUUAGAUGGUUGAACGACAUCGCGAUGGAGAAGGAAUUCAAGUAUGGCGCGAUCCGCAUCGUCAGAAUCCCGUCACUAUCGCAGCAAUCGGUUAUCCCGAAAUUGCCCGAGUCUCGCGCGUUCAAGACCGGCAUAAUGGAGGCCUUGAACUUCGCCAGGGACACGGCUGAGGAUCUUAUUACGAAACGAGCUUUCGUUUACACGAUCGACAACACGGCUUCCGCGAGAAGUUUCGGCACUAUGCCUAUGAUCGUGGACGAGGAUCAACUCGCUCGGAUGGAGAGCAGAGGCAUAUCCGACGCUGCUUGGCGAGGGAUCAAGCACAAGAAGGCUCUGAUCCUCCCACUCUUGAUCCUCUUCAAAUUGAUGAAGCUGAAGCUUUGGAUAGUGCCGAUCUUCCUCGCCGUUCACUUCAUCAAAAAGAUCCUAGUGAUCGCCUCGAUCCUCCUCCCGAUACUGUUCACGCGUCUCAAGAUCUGCAAAAUGUCGCAGCCCUAUCAUCAAGGUUACCCCCACCACCUGUGGACUACAGCCGCCGAGGCGCCGGUCGAUUAUCCAUCAGGAUACGGAGAGGAAAUCUGGCCGUCUCACAGAAACGACUACCAACAAGGUUCUCCCUAUCUAGCCUACCGCAACCCGUAUGGAUGAAGCUAGAAAAUUAAAACCCAACCGAAACUCAAAAGAUUCAUCUCAACUCGUGCCAAAUCUCGCUCGGACAAACGACCAUCUUUCUUCUACUCGCUCUUUCCUCUUUCUAAACACUUUCUUAACACAAGGGACAUCGCAUUUAGCGGUGAUUAUCGAUCGCUUUCCACCCGGCGAGAAAUGACUUUCACACGUUGCCAAGUACCGUUACCAAUAUUUGUAACGAGGCGCACGUAAUCAAAGCGGAUUUUUCUU